AUGGAGAGGGAACCGCUGUUGGGCCGCGAGGAGGAGUACAACGCCGUGCACGAAUUCAUUGAAGAGCGAUUACUGCUCUCGCACUGCCGCUCCCUCUUUGUCUUCGGCGCCUGUGGCUGCGGUAAGACCUCAACCAUUCUUCGUGCGAUGCGGUGCGUGUCAAGCCGCCCGAUGGCGUGCGACAAGGCGGCUGGGCGGCCAAGUGCGGGGGGACGCGGCAGUUGUGGCAGCAGCGGCAGCGGCAAAAGUAACGGCGCCGACGACAAGUCGCCUUCCCCGGCAAUAGAAAAGCGAAGGCCGGCCAAACGAUGCCGCACUGACGCUGGCCAUGCUGGCAGCCUGGACAGUGUAGAAGAUGCGGCCAUGGGUCGAGUGUCGGGAAGCCUUGGGGCGGCGUUGCCUUGCGGUGAUGACGCCACCGCGUCUUCCUCGUGGGCGGCUGCCACUCUGCGGCUGCUGGGAGCCAGCCGUCGCGUACAGUGCCACUACGUCAACUGUGCCGAUAUGGCCUCGCAGCAGCUGUGCGAUGCCAUCGCCGGCAGCUUUCGCGCGGCACAACCGCGCUUAGAUGCACAGUCACGGAGUCUACUGGGCCACAUUGAGGCCCUUCCCCAAACCUCCACCCCGUCGAAGCGUCGUCGUGGGUCAGGGUCUGACGCGGCCCGGGAACGCCUCCCGCAGGAAGCUGUGGAAGAACAAGCCACAAAACCCACAACUGUGAAGAAAUCCACGCUGAAGGCGCCGCUGCAUGUUCUGGCUCUGGAUGAGGUGGAAUACGUGCGGGCCGGGGCCCGUGGCCUAUUAAGUGCCUUGGCUGCACUCGCCGUCGAACAGGCGUCGCUGUUGGCGCUUGUGUUCAUCUCAAAUCAGCGUGAGUUGGUGCACGUCCCAUGCACCCUACUGAAGGAGCUCUCCUUUGAGGCCUACAGUGCGCGGACGCUAGAGCGCAUUGGUGCCAGUAUCGUCGCCGGCGCGGACUUCACGCAGAAGGAGCGGGCGCAGGUGCAGCUGAGCCCGGGAUUGAUAGCCUACAUUGCCAAGAAGGCCAUUCACGAAUACUCUGGCGACGUUCGCCAAGUGGCCUCCAUGUGUCGCCGCCUCGUCCACGCAGCGCAGCAGGGCAUUCUCGACGAUCCAGUCCGGCGGGGCGGGGUGCAGAGUGAGGCCACGCCGAAGCGUCGCAGCGGCCUCCCGCGCGCCGGUGCCGCUCCCGGUAAUGCCUCACCCGCCUCCCCUGCCGCUGUCGUGACACUCGCGCAGAGUCAAAAGGUGUUGCGCGGCUCCGCCGUCGUGAGUGACCGCGUUUUUGAGUACGUGGCUGGCAUGCCAGAGCAGAUGUUGUACGUCCUCAGCUGCCUGGUUGUCUUGACGCUGCGGCAGCAGCGGGACAAGCAGUUGGCGCAGACAAAUGUGGCCGGCGCGACUUCGGCGGCCCGUCGCCCGAGAAGCGAUGCCGCAGCCGGAAUAACGGAGCCAGGCACCUUCGCGAUGCGUGAGGUCCACCGCAUGUACACCGCACUUAUGGGACAGCAGCGGUUUCCACUGAUGAAUGCCGCGGGCAUCGCCUCUGCGAUCGACAGCUUUGCGGACCUCGGCGUCAUCUCCCGGCCGCAGCGGCGCGGCAACGAGGAGCUCUUCUCCUUUAACGGCACCUGGUCACUGGAGGCGAUGCAGAGUGCGCUGACUGCCCGCGGUGAAGCACUGCGGCAGGAACGCAUAGAAUGCGGCCUAGACGGUUCAGAGAAUCGCUUUGGCGAGGUGCUGCGGGAGCUGAAGACGAUUGCUGGGCUAUAA